GGCGCGGGGCGGCGCGGGCGCAGGGAGGUUUGACAUUUUCAGGUGCAAGGGGAGUGGCUGGGGCUGUUCCCUAUUUAGCCAGCGGGACGUGGGGAGCGGGGCAAGGAGCCGGCCGCGCCCCAUGCCAGGGACCCCCGGCGGCGGAGGGUGGCCUGGGCGCUGGUCCCGCGGCCUCACCUAGGGGCUCCCCCCCAGCACCCCGGAGCCGAGGCUCCGUCCCGUGCCGCCCCUCGAGAUCCCCCCCCCCUCCGCCGGCCCAUGUGCCUGCCUUCUUACGGCUCCCCCAGCACCGCCGGGCGGGUGCGCCCAGAGUCGCCUCCCGUGGAAAGGGCACUUCCGUUCUCCCCUUCUCCCCCCCCGCCCAGCUCCGCUUCUGGGCGCUCCAGGCGAGGAUGAACAAACCGCUGCAGCCCGAGCGCAGAGCGCCGGCGGUGGCCCCCGUGCAGGACGGCUCCGGCCAGCCGCCGCCCAAGAAGGACGUGGAGCUGCGGCUGGUGAAGGAGCAGAACGGGGUGCAAUACACCAGCAGCAGCCUCCCGCCGGCCGCCUCCAGCCUUCCGUGCAGCGCCGCGGGGCAGCCGGAGCGGGAGACCUGGGGCAAGAAGAUCGAUUUCCUUCUCUCGGUCAUUGGAUUCGCUGUGGACCUGGCCAAUGUCUGGAGGUUCCCCUACCUCUGCUACAAAAAUGGAGGGGGUGCCUUUCUUAUCCCCUACAUCCUCUUCCUAAUCAUUGCUGGAAUGCCCUUGUUUUACAUGGAGUUAGCACUGGGACAGUACAACCGGGAAGGGGCUGCUACGGUGUGGAAAAUCUGUCCAGUUUUCAAAGGUGUAGGCUAUGCCGUGAUACUCAUAGCUCUUUACGUGGGUUUCUACUACAACGUUAUCAUAGCUUGGUCUCUGUAUUAUCUGUUUUCAUCAUUCACAUUUGAGCUUCCCUGGACAAACUGCGGCAACAGCUGGAAUAGCCUAAACUGUACAGAUCCCAAACUCUUCAACGCCUCGGUGCUUGGCAAUGGCACCAAGUACUCCAAGUACAAACUCACUCCUGCUGCUGAAUUUUAUGAACGAGGUGUACUGCAUCUGCAUGAAAGCAGUGGAAUCCAUGACCUUGGCUCACCCCAAUGGCAGCUCUCGCUAUGCCUCUUGGUGGUAGUAAUAAUUCUUUUCUUUAGUCUGUGGAAAGGAGUGAAGACUUCAGGAAAGGUUGUGUGGAUAACAGCCACUUUGCCUUAUGUUGUAUUAUUUGUAUUGUUAAUCCAUGGAAUCACAUUGCCUGGUGCAUACAAUGGAAUAAAUGCUUACCUUCACAUAGAUUUCAGAAGGUUAAAAGAAGCUACAGUAUGGAUUGAUGCAGCCACUCAGAUAUUUUACUCUUUAGGAGCUGGGUUUGGAGUUUUAAUUGCAUUUGCUAGUUAUAAUAAGUUUGACAACAACUGUUAUAGGGAUGCUUUGCUGACUAGCACAAUCAACUGUGUCACAAGCUUCAUCUCAGGAUUUGCAAUUUUCUCUAUACUGGGCUACAUGGCUCAUGAGCACAAAGUAAAAAUUGAAGAUGUAGCCACUGAAGGAGCUGGAUUAGUUUUCAUCCUUUAUCCAGAAGCCAUUUCAACCCUUUCAGGAUCAACAUUUUGGGCAGUGGUGUUCUUCAUAAUGCUUCUCACACUGGGCAUUGACAGUUCUAUGGGUGGAAUGGAAGCUGUCAUCACUGGGUUAGCAGAUGAUUUCCAAAUACUGAAGCGGCACCGAAAGCUUUUCACAUUUGGCGUCUCCUUUGGCACUUUCCUGGUGGCUCUUUUUUGUAUCACCAAUGGAGGAAUUUACAUCCUCACACUACUGGACACAUUUGCAGCUGGGACUUCAAUCCUGUUUGCUGUUUUAAUGGAGGCAAUUGGAGUUUCCUGGUUUUAUGGUGUGGACAGAUUCAGUGAAGACAUCCAACAAAUGAUGGGCUUCAAACCGGGCCUCUACUGGCGACUGUGUUGGAAAUUUGUUAGCCCUGCUUUUUUAUUGUUUGUGGUGAUAGUCAGUAUUAUAAACUUCAAACCUCUGACCUAUGAUGACUAUACCUUCCCUCUCUGGGCAAAUCGCAUUGGCUGGGGAAUAGCAUUAUCUUCAAUGAUCCUUGUGCCUGCCUACAUUAUCUAUAAAUUUCUGAACGUGCGUGGGACCUUUAAAGAAAGACUAGCUUACUGCAUCACACCUGAGAACGAACACCAUCUUGUGGCACAAGGGAACGUGAGGCAGUUUAAGCUUCAACACUGGCUAUCAAUAUGACAACUGACAGGUUGAGGAAAAAGCCAAUACAUUAAACUAAACUGGGAAUAAACGAAAAGUCAAGUUCAAAGCUCUCUUGAUUGUGCUUGGACCAGGCUGGCUCAGAGCUCAUCUACUGAUCUUUUGAGGGAAGACAGCUUCUGCUCUCUGUUUUCAAUGCCUCCUUUCUAUUACUUGGUUUCAAGUAAUAGAACUUACAGACUGGUUUUCCAUUUCUUUAUAUCUUUCAGUGCCAUAAAAUCCAUAAGUGACCAAAUUUUUGAGCUUUGAUAGAGAUAGAAGUGGAGGAGGGAGCAGAAAAUCAGCAUUAAUUAAAGAAACUCUUGUCUUGGAGAAAUAAAUAAAAAACAUAAUUCCUUUAAAAAUUCCUGCCACCUCAUUGUUUAGAGACCAACUAUAUACACAGAGAUGGAUGCAUCUCAAUUAUGAGACAAGAGUGACUUUAAGUGCACAUUCAUGUCAUUUGCUUUCUUUCAAUACUAUCCUUUGGGAUAUAAUUUUGCAUCCUUCUGAAGUGAAGACUCAGUGCUUCACUUUCAGUGGUUUGUUACUAGUCUCUUCUCUUGGUGAAGAAGGUUGUCUUUGCUGUAUAUGUCUGUGCCAAUUUCUGUGCAGUUGAACUAUACACACCGAAAAGUAACAGGGAUGGAAUUAAAUUCCUAUUGUUGUGGCUAUUGAGUACAGAAAGUAGUUUAACAAUACACUGUACUUAACAAUGCAAACAUAUUCCUUUUUGUCAGCUAUUAAAAUGGCUUUAUCACAUGAUCCAUAUUCUACAGAUGUUGAGUUAAGCACCAAAAAUAUUUACAGGUAGUCAGAUUUUCCUUCUACAUUCUGUUAUAUUGUGUGACAAAGAAUGUACAGUAUAUAUAAAUAUAUAGGAACAGAGACAAUGAUUUUUAGAAUAAGCCACUCUAUCCAGUGGCACCAAAAUAUCAAAUGUUGGCUUUGUGCAAGUGCACUAUUAUUAUAAAUGUCCUCUAGAUUAAACUGAAGGUUUUAAGAGUUGUGUAGAACAUCUUGGAUGGAGGGUCUUCUAGGCAUAAUUCAAUUAUCUAGUCCUACUCCCUCCCUUGUGUAUUUCAAGCAGCUUUAUGCCAGCUAGAAAAUACAGAGCAAUCUUAGUGUGAUUGGGUGCUGUUCUGUAUGGUCACUGUUUUAAAGUCAUAUCUUCCCAGUGAUCACUAGGUUGCAGUAACUGUGAAUUACUUAUUAUAAGAACUAUUCUAAAUUUUAGAGACAGCAGGUUCUCAGAUGAAUCUAGUCUGGAGUUAGAGCCUUAAUGCUGAAUUUCUUUGCCUUUGUAUGUUCAAUUCAGUUUCUUAAUGGUUUUUUAAAUAUAUGUAGUGUUUCCUAUUUUAAUGGUUAUUUAUAUUUUUUUUAAUUCUUAAUUUUUUAUAAUACCAUCCUGGAAGUCUGAAAAUAAAAGUUUUCCCUAUUGAUUUUGUCCUUUUCCAUUUAACAACCAUUGACUUCCUUCCAACCCCCAAUGUUUCUAAUAGAAUUGAAAUAUAUCUGCUUCUCUUUUUUACUUUAUCCUUUAUGCCCAAGGCGUGAUUGAAAAGCCAGAAAUAUUUAACAGUUCUUAAAAAUAGCUUCUCUUCUAUUUUCAGUGUCUAAGUGACAGAAUAUUGCCAUUGUAUUCUUUUUUUCUUCAUCAAAACACACUGUUUUAAACCCGAAGGGCAUUGUCAGCUUUUUACCCAGGCUAAUGGACAGUAACCUGGUAGGACAGCUAUUGUAAUUUAUAUACAAAAAUCAAGGAGUUUAAAAUGUUAAAAUUAAAGUACUGUAAUUACCUAAGAGUCCAAACAACAUCUUCUAUAAAGAGGAAAAUAAGUUUAGGAUUCUUUUUUAAAUUGUCAUUAUAUAGUCACUCUAAUCAACAUUGCUUCUUAAAAUUAUGCAGGGGUCCUUAUUUUGUAGAUAUAAAUCUUACUUUGAGAAUGGUAUAGCUUGCACAAUCACUGUUCUGAGGUCUCCCAAAAGUUUCUCAGAACGGGUAUGGCUAUCAAAUUGAGAAAUACUAGGGGACUGCUAAAUGUGCAAAUCAUCAUGUGUCAUCACGUCAUAUUCCUUUAGAUCUGCACAUAAAUGGUAAACUUGCAGGCUAACAACCUAUAGCAAAGUUUAUUUGUGAAAAUCUGUCAAUAUACAGUGAAAUGGCUGCAGAUGGAAUGCUCUCACACCAUCAUGCCAUUCUGAAGUCUGUGUGGUUUCCCUUCUUCUAUCUAAGGGCUUGUCUGCACUGGCAAUUUACAGUGCUUCAACUUCCUCGCUCGGGGUGCGUGAAAAAACACACCCCUGAGCGCAGUGAGUUUCAACACUGUAAAGUGCAAGUGUAAACAGUGCCCCAGUGCUGGGUGGUUUUUUUAGAGCGCCGGGAGAGCUCACUCCCAGCGCUCUGCUGUGACUACACAAGCCACAUGAAAGUGCUGCCAGUGUAGACUAGCCCUAAGGGACGUUGGAGUUUUCUCCAACCAGCAUGUAAGGGGCCUGAUCCUGCAAAUACUCACUGGGUUCUUACUACUGUAUAGUAGUAGUUCUUACUACUGUGAGUAGUUUCCACUGGUGGCUAUGCCCAAGGCUAAGGUGAUUACUCAUUAAAUUAUUAUUGAAUUGUAUUGUGGUAGCACUGCUCGGCACUGUACAAACACAGAACAAGAAAAUGGUCCCUGUCCAAAGAGCUUACAAUCUAAGGGCUCGUCUACACUUGAAAUGUUACAGUGGCACAACUGCAUCACUGCAGCUGCACCACUGUAGCACUUCAUUGUAGACAUUCCCUAUGCUGACAUGAGGGUUCUCCCCUCGGCAUAGGUUCUCUACCUCCUGGAGGCGGUAGCUAGGUCCUGGCACUGUCUACAUCGGGGGUUAGGUCAGUUUAACUAUGUUGCACAGAGGGGUGGAUUUUUCAUACCUCUGAGUGACAUAACUGGGUUGACCUAACUUUUUAGUAUUGACCAGGCCUAAGUAUAAGACAAGAAAUAAUAGGUGGAGCUGAGAGACAGAGGAAUUCUGUUGUUAAUGGGACAACUCAGGAUAGUAAAGCUUGCGUGAUUGGUCCUUAUUUCAGAGUGUCAGCCAGAAGGAGUCUCUCACAAUUAUUACGAGGCAUUUCCUCUGCCCCAGAGAUGUAAAAUGUUGUCCCUGAUUCUCCAUUAAAUGAGGGAGCAAGAUGAGUCACUUUAUCACAUCCCCUGGAUGACAGAAAAGUAUGUUGCUAUUAGAUGCGACCUCAGGGCCUGCUGAGUAAUUAAAUACUUUCAAAGAAGCCAUGCCUGAUUGUGUGAACAAUGUGCUAAAGACUCGCUCUGUACUUUGUAAGGCAAUGUGGACAAUAUGUCCAUCCAAGAAGCCUCACUCAGGAAUCAGAGAGAUUUGGUGCCACACCAUGCUCCUUUCAGGUACCAUCUCCUUAGUGCGUUCCUGUGUCUCACUGGGGAAAGUAGCAAAUGCCUCAAACAGAGUCAGCUUCUUUAGGCUUCAACCACAGCCUUUAUGGAAGAUUGCUCAGACAAAGCAGGCUCACAACCGCUGUGAAAUGGCUCAGCUAAAUGGCUCCCAUCAUAGCAGAACCAGUGUGUCUGAGACCUCCAGCCAAGCAGCAACUCACUAUUUCCAUCCCUACACACAGAUGCCUGCCUGAGAGAGCAGACCCUCCCCAUGCCUUGGAGCAGUCCCUAAGACCCAUUUCUGGUAAGGAGGCACUGGACACUAGAGAGAAAGAGUCCAUCCAACGCCAUUACAUGCUUACUUAGGGAGAGGCAGAGUCUCAUAAAUCUCAGGAUUAGCAAAGCCUAAAGUCUCUUAAGCAAACACCCCUCUUACAUCAUCCCUUAUCACAGCUCAGUAAUUCGAGGGACCUCUUUGCAACCUCUGUGGAGGAAUAAAAAUUCCUCCCCCCCGCCUCCUAGAAACAGACUCCCUCAGAAGAGGCAUAUGACUCCAAACUCAAACCGCUGUCACUUCACUUUCUUUAGAAGCCCCCCCACAUCUUUCCCCACAGAUCCCAAACUCUGAAGAUACCCUCCCAACACACACACAAAGUCCCUAGUAGAGUAAGAGAUGGCCUGGUAACCCAUUUUCUGAUAGAGGAAAGUGUUGGACAAGGCCCUGCUCGUUUGCACCCCCAGAUGCAGCGUUAUCUCUCCCUAAAAAUGUGCUUGUGAUGUGCUUGCUAGUUCUGUAGAUUGGUGAGCCAGUGCGGACACUCACCUUGGUCUGAGGGACAGGAUGAAGUGACUAUUGUUGGGAGCAUAGUGUAGGGCUAAGCAGGUUUAUUUGACAGCUUUGGAAGUCAUUGUAUGUCUACUCUGCAAAAAAGGUGAGUUCUUAACUCAGGUUAGCUUUACUACAUCAGCUAACAAAGGUUAAAAUAGCAGCGAAGGUACUGCAGCUCAACUUUUCAACCCCAUCCUCCCAUAUAACCUUUAACUCAAGCAGUUAAAAUGAGUUACAAGCCAAUUUGCUGUGUCUUUGUUGCUAUUUUAACCCAAGUUAGCUAACGUGUUAGCUAAUCCAAGUUAAAAUCACACCUAUUUUUUGUGUGCUCUAUGGCUUGUUUCAGGAAGUCUUGUUUCAGGGCCAGCAAGAAAAGGGGCUCAGUGUCAUGUCUCCUACAUUUGGGUAGUCCUUCCCGGCCUGACUGCCAUUGAAAUUAGAGCUGGGCAAAAUUUUCACACAAAACUUUUUUCUGAGAAAAUCAGAAAUUUGAUGACCUCCCCAAACAUUUUGCAAAUUCAUCACUGUUUCCCUGAAAUAUUCUGAAAUUCAGUCUGACUUGUUUGAUACAGAUGACCUCCCCAAACAUUUUGCAAAUUCAUCACUGUUUCCCUGAAAUAUUCUGAAAUUCAGUCUGACUUGUUUGAUACAAAAUAUUUCAAUUUUUUGGUUCCAAACUACUUUUCAUUUCAAAAUUUCUUUUAAUUUUAUUUAAAAACAAUAAAAAGUGGUUGAAAUGAUCAAAGUCAACAGGAAACAUUUAUCUUUGUUGAAAUGAAACAUUUCAUUUGGCUCUAAACUCUUUUUUUUUCCCUCCAAUUUUUUGGAAUUGCCAGCAACCAAAAAAAUCCAUUAUUUGCCCUGCUCUAACUGAAAUUUAUGACCUAGCCAUGAUCCACACUGUUUCACCAAGCCACAGAAAACCAACGAGCAGGGUAAGAAGAGAACUUGCUUUUUCUUCAUGUUCUUUUAUUGUAGCUCAGCAGUAGUGCUGUGAGUUUUCCAAAUAUCUGCAGUUUUCCACCACUUCAUGGUUGAAACCUAGAUUUCUAAUGGAAAUAUAGUGAGCCGUUUAAGUCAAUAAUCCAAAAAGUACCAGUGUGAUUUAAUGCUUGGCCUCUGUUUGAACCACUGCAGGGCUCUAGCUUGCCUUCUGUCAUGUCCUGGGGCAUACACAUUGGCAACACUUGAAAGGUAUUUUACCAUAGAGAGCAAUUAUGCAGGAAAUCUAAGAUAAAUAUAAAGUAAAGGGGGAGAAACACUUGGCUGUUUAUUGUACGUGUGCGGCAAUUGCCCGUGUGAUGCAUGUUGUAUGUAAUUUUCCCAGAGGAAGCUUCCUGUUGUUGAAGUUUUUCCCCAGUAAGAUGAAACGUUGAUAAAACAGUCACAUUCAAACAUCUAGUAUAUACAUUUCCCUUCUUAUAUUAUUGUUUAGAGGUGAGUUUAAUUUAUUUUUUCCACAACCUAAUAAGAAAAAUAGCACGUAGAAAACGAUCUCAUUUUUCAAACAGUUUUCAUAAUCCAAAAAAGUUGUUCGUUUAACAUUAAUUUGGAUUCACAUGGAAUGCAUAAGACAGGCACAAAAACAACAUUUGUUUUUGCUGGUUGUUUUGAAUGUUGGCUUAUUGUAUAUCUUGAAGCCUUAUCAAAUAUUUCCUUAAACACAGGGAAUAGAUUUACUGAAUCAACUCAGAAACAUAGACCAAGAAUUUCUGACAUGACUAGUGGUUUUUUGCCAUCUCAUUUGGGCUGAGACAUUUAAAAAGGGCCCUAAGUGAGGACCUGAUAAAGUGUCUCAAACUUGGCCCCCAAAAUCACUGAUUUUGUUUUAGACUCUUGGCCACAACACAGGAAGAGGCAGAUUUUAUAAUAAAAAUCCUUGGAGAUUUUCAUCCAAAGGGAAAAAGUCUUUGCACUCUGUACUGAUUCACAUUACUCAUACUAUAACCUAUGACAGCUAUUCCGUUAGAAGUCAAGCUACCGGGGAUGGAAGAAUGAAGUUAUUGCUGUUUGAACACACUCUGUUCAGAAGAAGGGGGACGGGUUAAAAAUGACCUACAGUUCCUGAAGCUGCCUCUGCAGGGCUGGCCCCUCUGCAUUAAGAGCUUCAGCAACAGCAUGAGGGCUGUUCUAAAUAACAGGGUCUAACAGCCCCAAGGAGCUGAAUCUGAAACAGCGGAUCAGUGCAAUGCUUGGGCAUCCAGGCCAUUGCCUUCUUUUCUCGGCCACACUGGCAAUAAAAAGGGUACCUAGGGAUGGUAUAAAAGCUCCCAAUUACCUGUGUUCCGUGUCAGAAGGUCACCUUUAUACUGAGAUCAUAGAACCCUAGAAGAUCAGGGUUGGAAGAGACUUCAGGGGGAUCAUCUAGUCCCACCCCCUGCUCCAAGCAUUGGUGAGUAUCCAAGCAUUGGCUACACUAGAUUAUAACAGCAGAGCAGUGCAAAGUGGUUGCAGAAUAUGGUUCUCUGGCAUUUAAUUUAUGGCAAAUAAAACCCCCCCUAGAGUUAAACUCAAGGCAGGUCUACACUACAGUGGAGAUCGACACUCUGAGAUCGAUCCACCAGUGGUUGAUUUAGCGGGUCUAAUAAAGACCUGCCAAUUCGACUGCAGAUCGUUCUCCAGUUGACCCGUGUACUCUACCCCCAAUGAGAAGAGUAAGGUAAAUCAAAGGGAGAUUUUCUCCCAGCGAUCCCCCAUGGUGUAGACCCCGUGGUAACUCGACCUAAGGUAUGUCGACUCCAGCUACAUUAUUCGCGUAGCGUCGGUUGACUUACCGUGGUAGUGUAGACAUAGCCUCAGUUAGUCCUUUGAUCCUCUCCUCCCCCCCCCCCCACUUUAUUCUUCUUUGUUUGGCAAAUGAGCAUAUUCUAAUGAAAAGCUUCUACCUGGAAGGAAUCUAAAAAAGUCCAUGUGUGGGGGCGGGGAUUUCUGUGUUAUAAAAUUGAGUCCUCAAUAUAUUUUUGCAGUCACAUUUUUUAAUUCCAAUCCAGGUGUUGAAACCCAGCGCUUUGCACUGCACUACAAUGAGUUGUUGUUCUGGUUUGUUUUUUUCUAACCAGUAUUCUUGGGAGGCAAGGUUUUGCUGAGGUAGGGAUAAUGUUAGUCAAUAAGACCAACCAUCUGUGCACAUGUUCUUUAGCUUUGAUGAAAAAUGCAAUUAGCAUGUUUCUGCAAUGCCCUGAAAGGCCCAUUCUGAGAGGGACCUAACCCCAUGUAUAGCGGGUUUUUUUUAAUUAUUAUUAUUUAGACAAAAAAUGUUUCUGAACCUGGUUCUCCCACUCACAAUGCAAGAAGGUCACAUGACUGGGGUAGACCACCUAGGAUCUUUGCAUCACAAUUGGUUCAGUAUAUUGAUCUGAAAGUGAACGGGGAAAAAGGUAAAAUAUCCAGAUAAAAGGAGAAGCAAGAACAGGCACUUCCUUCAUCUAAACCUCCAAACUUUUGUGAACAGAAGCUGUCAACUUGCUUUUUAAGUUGGCACUAAAACCAAGUUGAUGUGAUUCAGGAAACUUGUGGAUGUCAACAUUAAUAAAGGUAGAUUAUUACUGAGCAACUUUUCAAUGUAUCAGAAAUAAGAUUAUUAUCUAUAAUUUCAGUGUCAGUAUUUUCUAGCAAAACUCAUUUUCUUGAACAGAAAAAAAUACUAUGGCAAAUACAAGGGAAAAAAUUGAAUAAGAAUUGUAAGAAAUUAUUCAUUUUCACUUCCAAGGACAUCACUGGUGAGGAGGAAUAUUCUAAUAUCUAUUGUCUGACAAAAUAUUCCAGAAGAGAGACAUAUUCUGUAUCACACUAGCAAAGAGAGGGCACUUUAUUAACUCUGCUGAUGUGAAAAGUUUGUCUGAACUAUGUGAAAGAAGUGGUGUAGCUCUAUUUUAAAACUGGGCAGUGCCAUUUGGCAGCAGUAUUGGAGACAUCGGUAGAAUUUUGGGUGAGACAAAGAAGCUAACAGGAUACUUGUAUCUGCAAGUAUCCUGUCCACUCUGGUGUUUUUCAGUGCCACUAAGAUGGGACGUCUCUUCUACACCAGGAAUCCAACUUUUGGAUAGUGAAAUGGAUUUUUCUCAUCUUAGUGUCUGACGGACUAGAAUGUGCCCUUUAGUCCCCUCAUCACACAGUAUCACGUAGUGACAUCAGCAAGAGGUGGAGUAGCAGUAACUAACUGUGUUGAUAAGCAGCAACACAGAGAAUCUGUAGCAGUUUUUUAGUAACUUCUUAUGUGACCAUGAUCUGAAAUGAACCAGUUCUUGCAUGCUACACUCUCGUGAGUGCUACUUACUGCUUGUUGCAAAUCAUGCACACGUCAAGAUGAUGUGGUUCCUUUUGCAGGACCAAAAAUGUGAAUGAUCUCUGCGUAUCUUUAAGCCUCUGCCCCAAAUUUCAUUCACUCCAGAAAACAUUUCAAAGGUGGAUAACUAUACAGCCCAGUGUACAUCUUUUGAUUCCUAGGAGUUUCUGCUGGAAAAGGCAUCUUCAGUACAAACAUGCGGAGUAUGAUCAUUAAGGACAGAAGCUGUAGGUUUUAUGCACUCCGAUCAUUUUCAAUUUAUUCAUCAAAGCACACUGAAACUUCUAAGAGUGGCAAGUUCAUGUAAACAUAGGGCCAUAUCCUCGGUUCAAUGAUACGCUGCAUAGCUGCACUGUUCAUCCCCUGAGGAUUUGGGCACACUAUCAGAAUCAGAAGACCACCUCUGGAUGCUCUCCAUUGGAAUUCUUUAACUAUGUCCAUCAAAUAUUUAUCAUUUGGGCUACUUGAGAGAACUAGGCUACAAGUAAGUAAAAUGUCAGCCUGCAUAAGAAUUUUCCAUGUGUUUUAGUUAAGUGACAACUUACAAUAGGGGGAUUUUUUUGGUUUGUUUGUUCCCCACUCCCCCACCCCCAGUACCAAAAGCAAACUUAUUUAGUCACAUAGCAAUCAUUAUUUGAAGAAAUUGAUGUAGAGGGGAGAAGCAGACAGAGAAAUUCAGGAGAACUAAAUGACCAAAUGUAGUGUAGAACAAUGAAUGUUUUCAAUUAUACUGACCUCCUUUGUUAAGUGCUUUGAGAUCUACUGAAGAAAAAUGCUAUGUCUGAUCUAGGUAAUUUUAAUAGGACUGAUUCAAAGCCCAAUUAAUUCAUUGGAGGCAUUCCUGUGUACUUCAGUAGGUUUUGGAUCGGCCCCUAUGUGAAACAUUUUUAAAAUCUUUCAGUCCUACCCUACAGUCUUCACAUAGGUAAAAUUUCUAUUAGCAUCAGCUUUGAUGUUGAGAUCAGCUGACCUCUUGCUUAAGUACUGAUUGCAAGACUGUGCCACUUGUAUAUUUGUUUUCUUUUGUAAAAAGGUGCUUACUUUUCCUCUUUUACUGCAAUUUUAAAUGGUUCUUUGAUUGCUAGAUUUCUUUAACAGGGUAACAUGAAAAAAUGCAGUGAACUUAGAUCACCAAGCAUUAAGUUGUCUCUGUUUAAAUGUGUCAUGUUGUUUCUUGAUCAUUGCCAAGACAGUGUUAAAUUUGCAGGUGACCUGCAUUUAUCAUUUAUUAUGUUGCACCCUCUCUAUGAGCCUAUUUGUGAGAGCUUAACAUUUGUGCACUUUGGGGAAAUAUUAUUUACUAAGGGAGUUUUUUCAAAUACUGCAUUUUAAAAGUAACUUAUCAAGGUUUGCCUUACAAAUGAAAGCUUUAUAGUGAGCAUUUACUUGGUUUACACAAAUGUUUUACUUAAUUUGUAAUGCCUUUUUAUAGCAGUGAUUAGAAUUUAUCUGAAAUAAGGGUACCUCUGUAUAUGAAUAUUUUAAUAUUUUUAUCUGUUUUUUUUAUUUUUAACAAAAUGUAAAUGUAUAUUGUAAGGCGAGAAAUUGAGCCUUUGUGUUUUCAUGUAGGACCUGUUUCUCCAUUAGAAGUCUAUGUCAGGGGUGGCCAACCUGUGGCUCCGGGGCCACAUGGGGCUCUUCAGAAGUUAAUAUGCGGCUCCUUGUAUAGGCACCGACUCCGGGAUUGGGGACCGGUGCCUACUUUCCAGUGUGCUGGGGGAUGCUCACUGCUCAAUCCCUGGCUCUGCCACAGGCCCUGCCCCCACUCCACCCCUUCCCACCCCCUCCCCUGAGCUGACAGUGCCCUCGCUCCUCCCCCUCCUCCCCAGAGCCUCCUGCACACCACGAAACAACAGAUCAGGAGGUGAGGAGGGAGAGGGAGGCGCUGAUCAGCAGGGCUGCCAGUGGGGGGCUGCUGACGUAUUACUGUGGCUCUUUGGCAAUGUACAUUGAUUGGUAAAUUCUUGCUCCUUCCCCGGCUCAGGCUGGCCACCCCUGGUCUAUAUAAUCAGCCAGUCUAGUUCUACAGUAUGUUGGCCUUUUGAUUAUAAAUGUAAAUGUGAUAAAGGAGAAUAAAGCAUUGUUUGCUACAGCUAAUGUGCACUGUAGAACAAUAUUCUCCAAAACUGCCUUAAUUUCAUAAAAGGAAGUCAUGCAUUUGUAGUCUAUAUUCUGAAGAACCAGUUACAGCAUAUUUUUGCCUGUAAUUUUGUUUUGUUAUGGAGAACUGUACUUUAAAUAACAUAAACUGGUGUCUAAUAUAGAUCCAUAUUCAAGUCAAGAAAUACUAUUUAAUUGACAAAAAAAUGUCAUAGGAGUUUACAAUUUAGCAGUAAUUGAACAUUCUCCAAAGUAUCCCAGUGGCCACAAAUGUUUGAAUAAUGCCACUAAACUUUCACAUCUACUUCCAUGAGUUUGUACGAUAUGCAGAUACCUUUUUCAACUAUUUCAUUUCUGUAAAUCAUACAUUAACACCUUUUGAUGUCUGGAAAGAAAUAACAUUUCAAUU